AUGAAUUUGAAGUCACUCUUAACUCGAAAUGCUUGCUUACCAAUGGCAAAACGGGUCAAUACUUGCAAAUGCGUUGCGACUCCGCAAGAGAAGAUCGAAUAUAAGACAAACGUGUCACGGAAUUCAAACAUGUCAAAACUUCAAGCUGGAUACCUAUUCCCAGAGAUUGCAAGAAGAAGGUCUGCACACUUGCUGAAGUACCCAGAUGCACAAAUUAUAAGUCUUGGAAUAGGCGACACAACUGAGCCAAUUCCAGAAGUCAUCACUUCUGCAAUGGCAAAGAAAGCUCAUGCGUUGUCCACAGUAGAGGGAUAUAGUGGUUAUGGUGCUGAACAAGGGGCACAGCCACUGAGAGCUGCUCUUGCGGAAACAUUCUACAGCGGCCUUGGCAUAGGGGCUGAUGACAUUUUUGUUUCCGAUGGUGCUAAAUGUGAUAUCUCACGUCUCCAGGUUAUGUUUGGUUCCAAUGUUACAAUUGCUGUUCAGGAUCCUUCAUACCCGGCUUAUGUCGACUCCAGUGUUAUUAUGGGUCAGACCGGGCAAUUUAACACUGAUGUGCAAAAGUAUGGAAACAUUGAGUACAUGAGAUGCACUCCAGAGAAUGGCUUCUUUCCCAACUUAUCCACCGUUGGUAGGACCGAUAUAAUUUUCUUCUGCUCCCCAAAUAACCCUACUGGUGCUGCUGCCACUAGAGAGCAACUAAAGGAGUUAGUUGAGUUUGCAAAGAAGAAUGGAUCAAUAAUAGUGUAUGAUUCCGCGUAUGCAAUGUACAUGUCUGAUGAUAACCCACGCUCCAUUUUCGAAAUCCCUGGAGCAGAGGAGGUCGCUAUGGAGACAGCUUCGUUCAGUAAAUAUGCCGGCUUCACUGGAGUUCGACUUGGUUGGACCGUCAUCCCGAAGCAGCUACUCUAUUCAGAUGGCUUCCCUGUUGCGAAAGACUUCAAUCGAAUUGUCUGCACUUGCUUCAAUGGUGCCUCUAAUAUAUCUCAAGCUGGUGCUCUUGCUUGCCUUUCUCCAGAAGGACUUGAGGCAAUGCACAAGGUGAUUGGAUUCUACAAAGAAAACACAAACAUAAUCAUUGACACAUUCACUUCUCUUGGAUACGAUGUAUAUGGUGGAAAGAAUGCGCCUUACGUUUGGGUUCACUUCCCGAACCAAAGCUCAUGGGAUGUGUUUGCUGAGAUCCUCGAAAAGACUCAUGUGGUUACAACUCCAGGAAGUGGGUUUGGACCAGGAGGUGAAGGUUUUGUUCGCGUUAGCGCCUUUGGUCAUCGAGAAAACAUCUUAGAAGCAUGUCGAAGAUUCAAGCAGCUUUACAAAUGA